AUGGAUUUUCUUUCAACCAAUAAUUUAUCAUGUAAUGAUGAUACUUUAGCAGUUAAUAGUAACACAAUAAAAAAAUUACCUACAAUUAAUUAUGAACAAAAUAAUGAGCAAUAUAUAACAACAUUUUCAACAUGGAAUGAAAAUGAACAAUUAUGUUUUGUUGAAAAUUUAUUAAAACAUAUGCAAAGUCAGCAACAUGUUCAAGACCAUACGAAGCAAGACGUCCGAUAA